AUGCCGCGCAAAACGUCGAAGCAAAAGAAGAAAUGGUCCAUGUACCCAUCUCUCCACAGCGAUAUCACAGACCUACUCGAAGAAGACGGCAUCACAUUCGGAUUUUACGGCAACGACACAGACACUGGGGCCAUUCGCGACUACGACACGAACAUAAUGGGUCGGUUUAAUUGUUACAACUCAAAGUGCAAGAGCGAUGGCUGGUCAAGCAAAAUGAUAGCCAUUAGAAUUCGGCUGUAUUCGGGCAACAAAUACAACGCCAGAGUCUAUCACCAGCAUUGCAAAACUUGCAAAAGCAUCAGCCGUCCUGUUCUAGAUGCUUCAUAUGCGGAAAGAGUGGCGUACCGCCUGAGGAAAUGGAAAGGCAUUGCCCAAGAAGUACCUGAUCACUCCGAAGAGAGUAAGGGACCGCACCAUACUCAUCUGUGUGAGGGCUGCAAAGACGGCCAUUGCACUUAUCUUAAGCGCGGUUGA